GGAGGGCAGGUCGGAGGAGAGGCUGGGAGCAGGAAGGGCUGCUUGAUUUCCUCCGCUGCGUGGAAGCAGAGAAGCAACCGGAACAUAGAAUGGAAUAUAGAAAAACAGUGUUGGAUGGGACCUUGGCGGUCAUGUAGUCCAACCCUCUGCUCAAGCAAGAGAACUUGGACCAUUUCAGACAAAUGGCCGUCCAGUAUCUUCUUCGGAGCCUCCAGUGAGAACCACCCACAACUUGGGCAGGGAAGCCCUUCCUUCCACUGGUCGCUGUCAGGAAAUUUUCUUCUGGUUUCUAGGAUGCUUCUCUCCUUCAUUGCUUUCCAUCCAUUACUUCUUGCCUUGCCUUCUGGUGCUUUGGAGAAGAAGUUAAUCUUCUCUUCUUUGUGGCAGCACCUCAAGUAUUGGAACAUGUCACCUCUAAUCCUUCUGUUCACCAGACUAGACCUACCCAAUUCCUACGACUUUUCUUCACAUGUUUUCGCCUCAAGCCCCCAGUCAUGUUGGUUGCUCUUUCAUUUCUUCUCUUCAAACGAACCUUCCUGUUUAUGAAGAGGAUACCAAUGAGAGCACUCUGGAUAACUGAGAAUGACCAGCAACUUUGAAAAUGAAAGCAAACUCAGCCUUCAGAAAAGCACACAAUUCUUCUCUUUCCCCAGCUUGUGAGAGACAAAGGGAAGAAAAUCAAGAAAGAUUUCAAACAGGAAAAAGCAGAGGAUUCAGAACUCAACAAUAGAUUACAUGAAAAUGGCAAAGGAGAUUAUUUUUUCCAUUCAGAAAAAGAGGGAAAUAUCUAGCGGUGAGUAGGGCGGAAAAAGACAAUUGGAUAGCCACAAAAGGUAGAAAGUAAUGCAGGUCUCUAGACAGUAAUACAGGCCUUGCCCUGUGAGGAAGAAAACAGUAGCUUGAAUCAAAGCUCCAUGGAACAAAAGGCCACAAAUUUCAAAUUUUUAUUGUCAGUGCACAACAUUUGUACAAUGAGAUUGGUUGAACUCCCUCAGUGCACACCCCCCAACAAAAUACACACGUAUUUUGAUCUCUUCAAGAACAUCAGUGGUGGAAAAACGCCAUAGAAGUGCCUAUUGUGGGUAAAGCACACAUAGCAAAUCACAGAUUAUGCAUACUAAGAUCUACACUGGAGGAAAGCGAAUGUGGGAAACGAUUUAGUUACACCAGUUCCCUUGUGUUUCAUGAAAGAACCCACACAGGAAGAACCCCUAUAGCUGCUCCCAAUGCAGUAAAUGCUUUUGCAAGUAUGGCAACUUGGUGAUACAUCAGAGGACUCACACAGGAGAGAAACCCUUUGAAUAUGCUGAUUGUGGGAAAACUUUCGGUCGGAAUUCCAACCUGGUGGUACACUAGAGAAUGCACACAGGAAAGAAAUCAUAUAACUGUCCUGAUUGUGGGAAAGGUUUCAUUGCAAAUUCCCACCUGGUGAUACACCAGAGGACUCACACAGGAGAGAAACCCUUUGAAUGUCCUGAUUGUGGGAAAGGUUUCAGUCAGAAUUCAAGCCUGGUGAUUCAUCAGAGGACUCACACAGGAGAGAAACCCUUUGAAUGUUCUGAUUGUGGAAAACGUUUCAGUUGGAAUUCCAAUUUGGUUAAACACCUGAGGACUCACACAGGAGAGAAACCCUUUGAAUGUCCUGAUUGUGGGAAAAGUUUCAGUCAGAAUUCUGACCUGGUAAACCAUCAGAGGACUCACACAGGUGAGAAACCCUUUGAAUGUCUUGAUUGUGGCAGAAGUUUCAGUCAGAAUUCUAACCUGGCGACACACCAAAGGACUCACACAGGAGAGAAACCCUUUGAAUGUCCUGAUUGUGGCAAACGUUUCAGUCAGAAUUCCAACCUGGCGACACACCAAAGGACUCACACAGGAGAGAAACCCUUUGAAUGUCCUGAUUGUGGCAAACAUUUCAGUCAGAAUUCCAGCCUGGUGAUACACCAAAGGACUCACACAGGAGAGAAACCAUACGAAUGUCCGGAUUGUGGGAAAGAUUUCAGUAGUAGAUCUAGUCUUAUUAGUCAUGUAGUUCUACACACAGGGGAAAAACCUUUCAGAUGUCCUGUCUGUGAACGGUACUUCAGACGAAAAUCAUCCUUUAUUGCACACAAGGUAAUACAUAUGAGGCAAACGCUACCAGGUUUAGAGAAGGCUUGAAUUCCAUUUCUGAUUUCCGAUUGGAAGUGUAAGUGAGAAAUUGACAAUUUGAAUUGUGACUUGAUUCGUUUUAGUCAGCAUCUCCCAGGAUUAUAAUUUUAGGUUGGGAGAAAAAAAUGGAAAAUAUUAGUUUGAUAAAGGCUAACUACCUGUCUGUGUUGAGGUUAUUGGAUAUUUCCUUUUACAGAAUUUGUGAAAUUUCUCAAAACGACCUGUGGGUGGUGUUUUUUGUAUAGAGAUUAUUGAAAUCCUACAUUUGGAGUUUCAGCCUUCUAUAUUGGGGUCCACCAGAUUUUGAUCCUCACAAUUCGCCAGCCAGCAUACAAGUAAUCCUCGAGAUACAACUGUAAUGAGGCCUACCUCUUAUGGAUGCAUUUAGCAAUGGCGACAGUGCUUUGAUUAACUAACCCCACCCACUGAUCUCUCUUAUGCAGCUGUUAAAUGAAUGUGCAAGUCGCUAAAUAGGACACUGGCUACCUCAGUGUUGGGGGAAACUCAUGGAGGGCUAGUUCAGGCCCAGGCUUGCCCCACCCCCAGGCAUCCCUAGGUCUCCCAACUCCCCAAGACACCUAUUGCUCUGAUUCCCAACUCUUGGUUCUCCCCAGGCCUUUUCCUCCCUUACAGGGUCCCACCAGGCUUUUCCUUCCCCCCACAGGCCUUCUCCACAGAAUACCCUUGGGCCUUUCCCCAUUCCCACUGGUUCCCUGAGGACCUUAGGCCAUUCCGAACAAAUAGAGCACCCACAACUUCUGGAGGCAAGCCAUUCCACUGAUUAAUUGGUUUCACUUACAAGAAAUUUUUCCUUAAUUCUAGGUUAGAUUCCUUUUUGAUAAAUCUGUUAGUUCUUGUCCUGCUUUGGACAAUAGUCAACCCCCUCUUUUCUCUAUCAGCCCCUCAAAUAUUGACUGCUAUUAUGUCACCCGUAUUCCUUCUUUCUGUUAGACUAGAUAUAUACAGUUCCUGCAACUGUUCAUCUUAUGUUUUACCUUCCAAUCCCCUAAUCAUCUUUGUUGCUCUUCUCUGCACUCUUUAUAGAAUCUCAACAUCUUUUUCUGUAUCAUAGUGACCAAAACUGGAUGCAAUAUUCAGUGCAGUCUUGCCAGCGCAAUAUAAUGCAGUACUAACACUUCAUGUGACCUUGAUAUUAUCUCUCUGUUGAUGCAGACUAGGACUGCAUUGGCUUUUUCUAUAGCUGCAGCACACUGGUAGCUGAUAUUUUUUUUUUUUAAUUUGAUUUAUAUGCCGCCCUUCUCUGGAGACUCAGGGCGGCUUACAAUGCGUUAAGCAAUAGCCUUCAUAUUUUUGUAUAUUUUUACAAAGUCAGCUAAUUGCCCCCACAAACUGGGUCCUCAAUUUACCUACCUUAGAAAGGAUGGAAGGCUGAGUCAACCUUGAGCCUGACAAGAUUCAAACUUACUAAUUGCAGACAGCUGGAGUUAAAUUACAAUGCAUUAGUCUGCUGAGCUAUCCAGGCUCCUACUUAAGUGAUUAACAUCCACUAGGAGUCCUGGAUCCCUCUCACAGUUACUGUUGUUGAGCCAAGUCAAAACUGGAGCCCUAUGGGGCCAAAAUGUUGAUCUGAAUGUUCACUUUCUUUUCCCUGUAUCCUACGACAAGAAACUUUUAAUAUGUGGGAGAAUGUAUGGGGAAUGCCCUUGGCAGUAAACUUACUUUGCAUUAAAAAUGGUCCAUCCAGUCGCUUGUCCUCCUUGGUUGCUGCUUCUGUGAAUGGCUCUCCAAUCCCCUUAAAAUCCUUCCUUCAAGCCCCUCUCCUUCCUCUCAGCCCGACGCCUUGGUGCAGCCCAGCUCCCAGGGUGAAGUGUCCUGGUGUUUUCUGAAAGGUUGGGCACCAAUGUUUCCAUGUUCCCCUGUGGCUUCUGGGGAGACUCAGCCUCCCAGUGUGUGGAGGGGAGGAAGAGGAGAGGACUUGGGGAGAUCUGACUUCAGAGGAAUUGUGGCUGGAGGGGCUCCCUCCGAGGGCUUGAACCAUGUUAGGAGGAGAUUAGUGGCAUCUGAAAGAUGGCUGACAGACCAGAGAGGCGUCCAGGUGGGCUUGGCCAAUGGGCAGCCCUGUCCAGGUGGGCUUGCUUUGAGAUGCAGCACCUGAAUCUGCCUCUCUUACAUGCCCAGAUUCCCUUUCUGGUGACUGCUGCAUCACUGUUUCUCUCUGCCCAUGUAAGGGAACAGCCCUAUCCAUGGAUGUUUUCAAUUUUAAUUUUAGCUCUUUUACCGGUUGCAUAAUCUGCACUGAAAAAUAAGCUUUCCACUGUGUUUACAAACAUCAUUACAAAGAGAUCAAGAGAGUUCUGUGAUAUAUAUUGAGAGAUAAAAGAUUCUCAGGUCAAGGAACAGGCCUGGGAGCUCCAAUAACUGCCUGCAGAGCAUUUUGGGGAAGAGAGAUUGGUGUGCACAAGAGGCAGGUUGGUUGAGCUCCAAAGAGACUUGAGUUGUUGGAAUAAAAUGCCGCUGUUUACAAUCGA